AUCCUUUACGACAUUGGCGUUAUUCCUGGUUCGGAUAUGACUUCUGAAGCGGCAAUGGCUAAAAUGUGCUAUGUGCUUGGCAAAGACGAAUGGGAUCACGAAACAAAGCGAAUGAUGUUACAAACGAAUUUACGUGGCGAGAUGACAGUGACGAAUGAAGACGUUAAGAUGCGAGAGCUUGACAUCAUUCCACACAUUGCAAAAUGCUUGCGGCUAUCAUCCGGCAACGAAGUGCAACUGAUCCGUGACACAAUCCUUCCACCAUUAUUCUGUAAUGCUGCAAAAACGAACAAACCAGAAAUUUUGAAGAGCAUCAAGUUCCACACAUUGCAAAGUGUUUGCGGUUAUCAUCCGGCAACGAAGUGCAACUGA